AUGGUUUCAAACUCUCAAGAGUUUAUGCUGGAGACAGAUGACCGAACUGUUGAAGAACGAGAAAAAGAUGAGAGGAGGCUGAAGGACAGAAAGAAGAAGAACCUCCUCUUCUGUGCGCUGGGGAGCCAUAAAUCCCACAGUGACAAAGGGCCAAUGGACUCCAUGUACCUGGAGGACCUAGGGGAACCGGAGAUGAAGAUCAGGCUUAAUUUGGGGAACAUUUUAGGGGUUGAAGCUGGCCUUGUUCAGGAGAGCAUCCGGGAGAAGCUGUUUGAUGCCGUGUCUCAAGGAGAUGUCUCCAUGCUUCAGGAACUAGAGGGCCAUCUCCAGCGGAAUCACAAACUGCUCUCUGACUCUGUCUAUAGUUUGUCUGGCAAAACUGCCUUGAUGAAGGCUCUAAUGAACCUGAGGGAUGGGGAAAAUGAAGCGGUGGAGUACCUUCUAGGUAUUGCAGAGAGAAUGGGAGACCUGAAGCAGUUUGUAAACAUGGCUUGUACAGAUGACAACUACAAGGGCCAGACCGCCCUCCAUGUAGCCAUUGAGAGAAGAAGCAAAUACUUUGUGGAGCUCCUGGUCCAGAAAGGAGCUGAUGUCCAUGCCAAGGCCUGUGGGAAGUUCUUUCAACGCCAUGAUGGGGCCUGCUUCUAUUUUGGAGAGCUUCCCUUGUCCUUGGCGGCCUGCACCAACCAAACUGAUAUGGUGGACUUCCUGUUGACAAAUCCAUACCAGAAAGUUGAUGUACGAGAGAAGGACAGCGAAGGCAACAAUGUUCUCCAUGCCUUGGUGCUAGUAGCGGACGACAGCCCCAAGAACACAGAUUUUUUCACCAGAAUGUACGACCAUCUCCUGAAAGCUGCCUGCCUUCACCUGAAAUCGAGGAGGAGAAGUGAAGGAGAAGAGGAAGGGGACGAUUCUCAUUCGUCCAGUUCAUGUAAUCCAGAGGGUGAUCUGGAGAAGAUGGAGAAUAACCAGGGCGACACUCCCAUUGAACUUGCAGCCAAGACGGGCAAGCUUGAGUUGCUCAAACACAUAAUGCAUCGAGAGUUCCAUGACGAGGAGAGCAUUUGCCUGUCCCGCAAAUUCAUCGAAUGGGCCUACGGGCCUGUGUGUGCCUCCCUGUAUGACCUGGGCUCUCUGGACACCUUUGACAAGAACUCUGUACUGGAGACACUUGUCUAUGGCAGCGAAAUCCCAAAUCGCCUGGAGAUGCUUCAAGUUGAACCCCUUAAUAGACUAUUGGAUGAGAAAUGGGAUCGAUUUGCAUAUCGAAUAUUUCUCCUCAAAUUCCUGCUGUAUCUGGUAUAUCUUUGCGUCUUCACCACUGUCGCCUAUUUUGGAAACAGGAAAAUGGUCAGUUCAGCAGUUUCGUUGGUUCUUUUCGUGUGCUUGCAAGUUCUCCUUGCCAUAGCUAUUUUCAUCAUUGUUGUGUUUUUCUCUCAAGUCCAGGGAAACAAAAACGCUGUAUACUGUUGGACAACACAUAUCAUUCUGGGGGGCAGUGUAUUUAUUCUUCAGAGAGGUAUGCAUCCUUUUUGGACUUGUUAUCCUGACAUACACCACAUAAUUCUAGAUAUCAGAAGGAAACGGCCAAACCUGCAGUCCUUGCUGAUUGAUGGAUACUUUGAGCUGAUUUUUUUCCUCCAGGCUUUGCUCUGCAUGGUGUCCUUUGCUCUGCUGUGGUGUGGACGGGAUGAGCACCUGGGCUUCCUGGUGCUGAGUUUGGCCCUCAGCUGGAUCAACCUGCUAUACUUCUCCAGGGGCUCCAGUCACAUGGGCAUCUACAGUGUCAUGAUCCAGAAGAUACUUCUUGGUGAUAUCUUGCGCUUCCUCUUGGUCUACGGGGUCUUCCUCUUAGGCUUUUCAGCUGCUGUGGCCACACUAAUGCACGAGCCAGAGGAGGCCGGCGACAACACGAACACAACAUCCAGCAAUGAGACGUUUCUUCUUCGUCCAGCCAAUAGCUCCGCCAAUAGCUCCGAUGAGAAGGAAACGAAGAAGAAGGAGGAGGAGGAUCACAAGAACUUGUCCUUCAUCAUCCUGGAGCUCUUCAAGGUGACCAUAGGCACAGGAGAUCUGGAGUUCACCGAGCAGUAUCGCUACAAGGAGGUCUUCUAUGUGCUGCUCAUCUCCUACAUAGUCCUCACCUACAUCCUGCUCCUCAACAUGCUUAUUGCCAUUAUGGGUAAGACGGUGGAGAAGAUAUCAGAGGAGAGUACAAACAUCUGGAAAUUACAGCGGGCUAUUACCAUUCUGGACAUGGAGAGGUACUUGCCCAUGUUCCUGAGGAAGAGACUCCGCAGUGGGGUGGAGAAAAUCCUGCCAGGGUCCUCAGGACACCACAAACGAUGGUGCCUAAGAGUUGAGGAGAAGAAAUGGAACCAGGUGGGAGAUGGGGACAAAAUGGACUUGGGAACCAUUUGUGAAGACGCAGGCAGUCAAAAGUGCACUCCUAAGUCACCACGUGCCUCAGAGAAAGGUAAGACACACCCUAAAGAGCAAACUCUUUAAAUCAAUGGUGAUUUAGGGAGAGGAAAAGAAAACAAGUUAUCCAAGAUCUUUGUAGAGUGGGAAGUUGUCCUGCCCUGCAUUAAAAUUGACUAUACUAUAUUCAGAAGCUUUAUACACAGAAAGUAUAUGGAUAUUUUUGAAGACGCCUCGGUUUCGGCAUCUCGUUUAUACAUAAACCAUAAACAGGGUUUUAGAAAUCUCCUUUAAAACUCUAUGCAUGUUAGGGGGCUGAAACGUACCGUUCACAAUGGUGUUUUUUAAGCACAAGUUUACACAAAAGAUAAAAAAUUACUGCAUAGGUGUAAACAGCAUCUCAGUGAAUAUUUUGAUGUACCACACAGGGUUUCUGUUGAGGAAGUAAAGUGAAAAAACGCUGUGUGCAUGUGAUGUCAUGUUACACAUAUUCCAAUCACUGUUCCUGUAUUUCCUGUAUUAAUUGGCUUCCUCUUUUAUGUCUUUAUAUGAUGCUGCUCAACAACUAAUCAUUGGAUUCUGAUUGAAACCCACAGCAAAGAGAUGGAGGGUUAUGAAGAGGGUGGUCAGUGCAACUCGCCCCGUCUCCAAGCCAGAGGAGCAGAGUAAUCUGCAGUCACCCAGCCAGGUCUGAAGAGGGCAGCAUCUCCCAGCUUUUUGUGCAAGCUUGUUGUAAAAUAAAAGGACUGAGCCACCUCUAUUACUUUUUAGCACUGUUACUUAAAAUACAGCAACUUCAUAUACACAACCUUAAAAUACAGAAACUACAUGAGCUUCUUGCAUAAUAUUCAGCAGUUGCAUACAAAGAUCUUAUUGAGUUUGUUCAACUCUACAGUGUCAUGUCUGUGUGUACAUAAUAUAUCCAAUGUCAUGUUGCCAUUUGUUUCAUUUCCUUAGUUACACUGUUAUACCGAACUACUAUAUUGAAGUCCAUUUAAUUGCUUUUCAGAGGAAUGAUCCAACAAUAUAACAUGCUAUCCAACGCUGUAACUCUGCUGGUUGGUGCGCACCGUCAGCAGAAGCAAAACUCAGAAAGGAGGAAAUGUAUGAUGUGUGCAGUUUCUUGCAAUACAUAAAUCAGUCCAAAUUCUUAGAUGUAUUGCAGCCUGAGUCACCCUUGAUUCUUUUUUGCUUCUGAUCAUGUGUUUGCGGUUAAUGGGUUCAGGUGGGACCAGAGCCAAUUGUCGGAAAUGAUUUGAUAGCUGUGUGUAUAGCAUUUCUAUUUUAUUGUUUCCUUUUUUGUAAUCAUCAAGAGACAAUGUGUGAUAUAAACAUUUCAAGAAAAGACACUUGUUUUUGAAGUGUUAAGUUUUUUUUUUUUUUUUUAAAUCUCAGGAAAGGUAGGCCUAUUGCACAAAUGGCAGGGUUCAGUUGAUGCCAUAAACUAGUUCAUACAGGGUAUGUUGAGGGCCAAAAAAGAUUUCAGUAUCAACUGAUCACCGCUGUUUCAACAGUACACACGUACUACAUUAUCCCAGUGGGUUUAAAAGACAGACAUGUUGCCAAGCAUGUUGCAAUACAACUUUCUUGCUUGUAAGAUACAUACAGGGUGGGGAAGGAAAGAUCAUUUACUCACCUUAUUCAGGUUAGAAACCACAGUUGACCCACAAUGUUGCGUUGGUGUGUAUAAUGGCAAGCACACACACACUUCCCUCACAUCAUUCAGACACUGCUACAGAUACUUGCACACGGUGAACAAAGACAUGUCCUGAGCUCAUGUAUAACUAAAAUGAGGCAGAUCGGCUGUAGGUUUAGGAUGAAUUUUUUUGAUUCCACAUUUCUAGCAGUUCAUUCAUCUACCACAUGGUAGCACUAUACAAGGUUACCAUAUCAGUCAUUAAGAAAUGUUUGUAUUCAUCAUGUGCAUAAACCUUUGAGGUUUUCCAGCUGGGGAAACACUGUAAAGUGAAUUUGUGGCACAUUUCCUGUUUUAAUUAGAUACCUAAAUUAAUCAAGCCCUCAUUUCGUUGUUAUAGGCUACAAUAGGCUACAACAUAUCAAAAAUCCCUCUUCUAAAAUAUCUUGAGAUCAUGUAGGCUAUAGCUGAAAAGAGGCAGACAUACAGUUUAAAACAAAUGUUUCAAAUUCAAUUGUAUGUGACAUUUUUAAAAAAGCCCAAUUAUCUCAUCUAAUUGACCUUUUUUGUUUGUCUUGUUAUUCCAAUAUGCAACCUUGCAUCCUCCACUUGGGCUUGUGGCCUCA